GAUUUUCAUUCACUUUCAUCGGCAAAUUCACUAACUUUCCAAUCUAAAUCCAAAAAAGAAAUCAAACAAAGCAAUUAAAAAGAGUAUUAAUUUUGAGAUGAGUUCUACGAGCAAGGCAUGGGCUGUGGCGGCGAGCAUCGGUGUCGUUGAGACACUGAAAGACCAAUUAGGCGUUUGCCGGUGGAACUACGUUCUCCGGUCGAUUAAUCAUCAUCUCCGGAAUAACGUUAGACCCAUUUCUCAGACCAAGAAGCUCUCCUCCUCCUCUUCCGCCGCAGCAUCCGGCGUCUCCUCCGAUAAGGCGAAGCAGGCUGAGGAAUCGCUCCGUACGGUCAUGUACUUGAGUUGUUGGGGUCCAAAUUAGGUUUCCAUGGAUUUUCCGCAGCAAAUUCCAAAUCAGGUCGCCGAAUCGGAGAAAUUUGGAAACUUUAUUGGUCGCCAUGAAUUUGGAAGUCUGCAUAUGGCUCGAUUGAGGUCAAGAGUCAAAGAGUAGAGAGAGGCAAAAAGUAGGAUGGUGAAUGUACUUGUGUAUAUAAUUGUAUGUAACAUUGUGCUUAAGCCCUUAAAUGGCUAUUUAAUCAAUUGAUUAAACUCAAAUCAAUUCGAGAUUAU